AUCAAUACAAUUCGAGGGACUACGGUCAAAAUAUGUAGGGCUUGAGGAGCUAAUAUCCGCGGGGGAAAAAAGGAGUCGGGAUCGAGAAGACCUGUGAAUACAGAUAGUUUGGAUCGGGUCUCGCGCAGAGCCUCCAAAUGAACCCGGACACCCUAUCACAUCCUCUCGGAAAACCCUACCACCAAAAUCCAUCUUCUUCCUCCUCUCUCAAACUCGACAACUUUCAAACUUCACUGAGCUCGCGCAAUACUGCUCUCUCAAGGUACGACUUCUCCCCUCUUAUUCUCAUUCCUUAAUAACUCAGUUUCUAUAUCGAACACUGGUUGUUGCUUAGCCUGUAUCGCUGUUAGCCACGAUCAUGUUGAGGAGGAUCUUCAAACGAGCUGCUAUCCCUUCAAUGUCCUCUCUCCUCCAUUCCCAAAACCUCUGUUACCCAAACUCUGUACUUAUUUACAAGCCUCCGCUCUUUGUAUCUCCUCCCACCCUCUUUGUCUCCAAACCCUUCUCUUCCUAUCCUCCCACAGACCGAGAAAUCGAUCCCGCGGCCGAAGAGGAUGACAACAAUGAUAGUUUCACCAUACACAGUAGACCCAUCAAGAAAUUAGACCCGAAAGUACUAGGAAACGUUGACAUUGUAAUGGCCUCCCUUCGAAAUUUUGACUCUGAUGCUGCCCAAGCAAAGUACAGGCUCGAAAACUGCAGCGUGCCUGUGUCGCAGGAAUUGGUUUAUGAGGUGCUUUCUCGUCUGCGUAAUGAGUGGGGCCCGGCGUUUACUUUCUUCCUCUGGGCAGGAAAGCAACCCGAUUUUUCACAUUCAGUCCAUAGUUAUCAUAUUAUGAUCAUGAUUCUUGGAAAGAUGAAGCGCUUUGAUACUGCAUGGUCAUUAGUCGAUGAAAUGACGAGGAAGUCGUUGGUGACCCCACAGACACUUUUGAUUUUGAUUAGGAAGUAUUGUGCGAUUCAUGAGGUUGCUAAGGCUAUUAAUGUGUUUUAUGCCUUCAAGAAGUAUGGGUUCAAGCUCGGGAUCAAUGAGUUUCAUGGGCUUUUGAGUGCGUUAUGCAGGUACAAGAAUGUGACGGAUGCUGAGCAUUUGCUUUUGUGUAAUGAGAGCACAUUUCCUUUCGAAACAAAGAGCUUUAACAUCGUUCUUAAUGGUUGGUGCAAUGUGUUGGUUUAUGUUCGUGAGGCUAAGAGGUUUUGGAGGGAGAUGGGGAAUAGAGGAGUUGAUAAGGAUGUUGUGUCUUACGGUAGUAUGAUCUCAUGCUACUCGAAAGCUAGUAACCUUAAUGAUGUUUUGAAGCUCUUCAAUCAGAUGAAAGAACUAGGCAUUGUUCCAGAUAUAAAAGUGUACAAUGCCCUGGUCUACUCUCUUGCUAAAGGGAAGUGCAUCAACGAAGCAAAGAAUCUCUUGAAAACGAUGGAAGAGAAAGGUGUUACUCCGAAUUCAAUCACAUAUAACUCUUUGAUAAGGCCCCUUUGUAAAGCACGGCGAUUGGAUGAAGCGCGCUUGGUCUUUGAUGAAAUGUUGAAUAGGGGCCUUUUUCCUUCUACAAGGACUUAUCAUGCUUUCUUUGAUGUGUUUACAACUGUGGAUGAGAUAUUUGAUCUUUUGAAUCAAAUGAAACAAGCAGGAUGUAAGCCUGUGAGUGAAACCUAUAUUAUGUUGAUAAGGAAACUGAGUCGGUGGAGGCAGUUCGAGAGUGUGUUUAAGUUAUGGGAUGAUAUGCGAGAGAGUGGUGUAAGCCCAGAUCGAAGUGCGUAUAUUGUACUAAUACAUGGUUUAUUUUUGAAUGGGAAAUUGGAAGAUGCUUUUAAGUUUUAUGAGGAAAUGAAGGCCAAGGGUUUCGAUCCUGAACCUAAGACUGAGGAGAUGAUUCAAGCUUGGGUUUCUGGAAAGUAAACUCUGCUUCAGUCUUGGAUGGAGGAAUUGGAACAAGAGCAUAGCUCUCAAGAAAAGAAAUCUGGAAGUGCCAAUAAUACUUAUAAUACUCGUAGGGACUCAGAGAAAACCUGAGGUGAGAAGCGUCACAAGAGAGUCAGAGUCAUCUCUUCGAUAGCUGCAAGGUUUGAAGGUGUUCAUUCACGGUGUACUAGUUUCAUCUUCACAUAACCAAGGUGUAGUCAAAGCCACAGUUUCAGAACUGUCAUCAAUUGAUAGGAAUUGGGAUAAGGCUUGCUCCCGAAAAUCCACCUUGACUUGCCGAGAUCGCUGACAUAUAAUGUGUUCAGGUUUUACAAGAGCUAUUAGAGGCAUGCUCUUCUGACAUCUGCAUGACCCUGUUAAGAGUGUCAUAAAGAAAGUUUUGGAUGACGUUCGAGGUUUGAGUAUAAUGACGUAGUAGAAAGGUCUGACGUCAUGCUUUGGCACCUUAAUGGAAGUCACCCAUGUUUUCAAGAAAGCAAGGUAACCUUCCACCUACUGUUAUUCUUAAGAUCCUAAUGGUUGUGAGCAUAGUUUUCUGAACUUUGAGCGUAGACGAUAUCUUAACGUCUUUUUUCCUUUUCUUUUUUUCUUUUUUUUUCUCUUUCGCUAGUUCUUGCAGACAAUUGCAAACUCCUGCAUACAAUUUAUGAGUUCUUGCAGACAAUGACGAGUUCUUGAUUCCAGAUCACAUUCAUCCUUGUGAGUAUGAAAACAUUUGCUUCUUGAGUUGACUCAAUGGUAUGUUGUCAUCAUGGUAGUAUUUUCUUACUUUCAUGCUGAAUCUGGAGAUUUUCAUAUGAUUAAUGAAUAAUUAUUUCUUUUUUUCAUGGAAUUUUCUUCCUUAGUUUCUUAAAACACCUGAUAAAUAUCUCAAAAAAAAAUUUAUAUAUCACAUCCUGCUAAGAUUUUGAAACUCCAUGCAACAAUAUGCUACUUUGUAGUGUAUGGUGAUUAAACCACUGUGACACCUUUAUGUGCAUGGUUUCUUUUCUUGCUUCCCCGCCUUCUUUUAUAUGUAAUGUUGCUAUGAUAAUGCUAGAAAGGAACCAGUGUAUACUUUUGUGCUCCUCUCAUUAAUUGUUUAGUUCAGAUACUUCCCUUCUUAAUUCCUAUAGUUCUUCUGUUGUUUUAGAUUGAAAAUCAUGUUCUUGAAAUCUAAGCUUUCAUGCUUUUGGACAAACUAGAUAUCAAAGAAUAUGAUAUAUUCAUAUUUCCAGUAGAAAACUCUGUUUGUGUUGUUUUGAAUUCAAAUCUCCAUAGUAAGCAAAGGUUCUACUAACAGAACAAACCCUCUAUUCAUGUUGUUUAGAAAUUCAAUCCUCCAUAGUAAGCAAAGGUUCUGCUAACAGAACAAAGAUUGCUCUAUUAUUAAAGUUAAGUUGGAAUGUCAUUACGGUAAUACAAUAUUAAUGUUGACAUUGUGCUUAUUUUAUAACGUUUAUGUUCAUGGUUGAUCCCAUCUUUUUGAAUAUACAUUUAUUAAUUACGUUCAUGUUAUUUACUUCUUUAACGAGUCCUGUUAUAUUUAAUUGCAACUCCAA